AUGGCUAAGAGGAUCACAACACAGCUCUUCGUCAGCAGACUCUCUGCUUACACCACAGAUCAAUCUCUGAGGCAACUGUUUUCGCCUUUUGGUCAGAUUACAGAAGCUCGUCUUAUUAGGGACCAGCAAACACAGAGACCUAAAGGUUUCGGCUUUAUCACUUUUAAGUCUGAGGAUGAUGCACACAAGGCUUUGAAAGCUUUGAAUGGGAAGAUUGUUGAUGGAAGGUUGAUAUUUGUAGAACCUGCAAAGGAAGUAGAAGCACCAACAACAAAUAUGACCACUAAUAAAGCUUGA